AUGGAUUCAUUGGAAUCGAUAUCCAAUACAGUGAACACGAGUUCACUUAACUGCCGAUCGUAUGACCAUCUCUUCAAACUGAUUAUUGUCGGCGACUCUUGUGUUGGAAAGACUAGUAUUUUGCAGAGAUUUCACGGCGAGACUUAUUUACCCGCUUCUGUGCCAACCAUUGGGAUACUUCAGGUCAAGAGAAAUACGACUCAAUUACGACAUCCUAUUAUAGAGGAGCUCUCGGAGUACUUCUCGUCUAUGAUAUCACGAAUCGGAAAAAACACGAGGAAAGGCGUGAAAAUGGUUUUAAUUGGAAACAAAUGUGAUUUGCGCUCAAAAAGGGAAGUGAAUGCAGAAGUGGCCGAAGCGUUGGCUAUUGAUUACGGACUCAAACACUUCGAGACCAGCGCUAAGGAGAAUAUAAAUCUCGAAAAGGCUUUCUUUCAGAUUUCUAAAGACAUCUAUAAUGAGAAAUGCUUGAGAGAUGAGGCAAAUAAUGUGUCGUUAUCUCCAACAACAGAACCCAAGAAAGGGAAGACAUACCGGACUUUGAAGAAAGUGUCGCAACAAAAGCAGAUCCAUAUCGCCAUCGGAGAUGAUUUGUCACAAAUGGUGAUCAUUUGGAGUGAGAAAAGGCAAACAAAUAAGACUGCCGUCACGUAUGGGGUCUAUAAGGGAGAGUACACUCACAUACAGACCGGUGAUAUCGCAUAUGAAUUGUUCACAUUUAAAGGCACACUCGGAGAUGGUUUUCUCAAAGCCAUUGAGCCGAUAGCGGCCAGAAUACCAUAUAUGAACGGAAGCAAUGAUAAGGUUUUGCAACAAAAACUAUGGUUAGAAAGAGUGCUCACAGAAGCCAAUCUGCCUCAUAAUCGGGCUCAACGGCCGUGGAUUAUAGGGUUAGGCCAUCGGUCACUGUACUGCUCGACCACUGAUAACGACUGCGUUAAUGGCAUGACUAUUGAAACGGGGGACACGUCCACUAAAUUGCUUGAAUUGGAGGAAAUACUGCACCGACAGGGCGUGGAUAUUGCUUUUUGGGGACACUAUCACUAUUAUGACAGAUUUUAUCCUGUUUUUAAUCGAACCAUAUCAAACUCAAGUAAUCCAUACGUGAAUCCGUUUUCAACAGUCCAUAUACUGAGCGGAUCGGCUGGUAUGGACGGCGACCCAACACCGGAGAAGUUUGCUGAGCCUCCCCCUCCCUGGUCUGCCUUCAGAACUACAGAGUUUGGUUAUACCGUAAUGAAUAUCGUUAACAAUUCGCACGUUUAUAUCAAACAAAUCAAUAUCCAUGAACCGAAAAAUCCAAUCGACUCGCUAUGGAUUGUACAGCAAAACCAUAAAACAAGAACUAAAGAUCAAACAUGUUGGAAUUAAUUAUAACUUUAUUGCGAGUUUACUAGUACUUAAUAUACACAUGCUAUUUAUUUUUAAAAAAUAAAUUGAUAUUUACUUUGUUUAA